AACAGAUACUUCAAAAAAGAAACACACAGAGAAUCGCCAUAACCAUUUCGUUUCAGAAACGACGACGGCGGCGGCGACGACAAAGAGAAACGGCUCUCUUGGUCUUCUCGUCUUUUGAUUCUCUGAUUUUCUUUUUCUUAUUUGAUUCAUCUCCAUUGUUGUGAUAGCUUCGGCACCAAUCAUUGUCGAAGACAGAUAGAUAGCCAGCCCAUACAUCCUUUGCUUCUCCGCCUUCGAUUUUUGGCCGAUUCUUUCAAUCUCUUCCUCUUAAUUUCGUUGAUUCUUACGGAUCUCUCUAUGCAAUCUGUAUAUUUAGAGGGAUAGAGACGGAGAUUGAAGCGGACUUCCGACUGAAUCUACUCAUUUUCUUGUUUAACUGAACCGCCGCCGCCGGUUGCUCAUUUGUGGUUAUAUCUACUCUCUGUUUCUUCAACCGGCGUUUUGCAGGGGAUACUCGAACUUUCUAGAAAUGUCUUGGAUGAUGGGAGAAGGUGGAGACCAUUACUGCUCCAAAAAAUCCGAUGAUAUCUGUGGCGAAAUUUGUGAUCAGGAAUCCACUCGCGUAUUGGGCAUGUCUAGACUUCGCUGCAUUUUUCGUGGAUGGGAUGUAAAAACCUUCUUUAUUCUAUUUGCGCUGGUACCGGCGUGCAUCUUGAUCAUCUACCUGCAUGGACAGAAGAUCUCAUACUUCCUCCGGCCACUAUGGGAAUCUCCACCAAAAGAAUUCAAUAUGAUUACUCACUACCAUGAUGAAAAUGUAACUAUGGAGAAACUCUGCAAUCUCCAUGGUUGGAAAGUCCGUGAAUUCCCACGACGUGUUUACGAUGCUGUGUUGUUCAGUAACGAGAUCGAGAUGCUCACCUUGCGAUGGAAAGAACUCUACCCCUACAUUACACAGUUUGUUCUUCUUGAGGCAAAUUCAACAUUUACUGGGAAGCCAAAGCCAUUAUACUUUGCUCGCAAUAGAGAUCAGUUCAAGUUUGUCGAGCCAAGGUUGACUUAUGGCACUGUCGGAGGGAGAUUUAAGAAAGGCGAAAAUCCUUUCGUCGAGGAGGCAUUUCAACGAGUAGCACUCGAUCAGCUUCUCAAAAUUGCUGGAAUCACUGAUGAUGAUUUGUUGAUAAUGUCUGAUGUUGAUGAAAUUCCAAGCAGGCACACCAUUAAUCUCUUAAGAUGGUGUGAUGACAUACCCGAUGUUCUUCAUCUACAGCUUAGAAACUAUCUAUACUCUUUUGAGUUUCAUGUUGAUGACAAUAGCUGGAGGGCUUCAGUUCAUAGAUACAAACCUGGGAAGACAAGGUAUGUUCAUUAUCGCCAAUCGGACGACCUGUUAGCAGAUUCAGGAUGGCACUGCAGCUUCUGCUUUCGUCGUAUCAGCGACUUCGUCUUUAAGAUGAAAGCAUACAGCCAUAACGACAGAGUUAGAUUCUCGAGUUAUCUGAAUCCCGAACGAAUUCAGAAGAUUAUAUGCGAGGGUGCUGAUCUAUUCGACAUGCUUCCUGAGGAAUACACUUUCAAGGAAAUUAUAGGAAAAAUGGGACCUGUUCCUCAUUCCUACUCGGCAGUUCAUUUGCCAUCCUAUCUCCUGGAAAGUUCAGAAAAUUACAAAUUCCUUUUGCCUGGGAAUUGCGUACGAAAGAGUGGCUAAUCUUUCUCCAACUUUGAUAUCUACCUGUGAAGGUUACUUUUACUUUAGCUUAUCUGAUACCCCGUGGACCCUCCAUCUCGGCAGCCAUUGACCGAUAUGUGGCCGAUGUCGAUGACGAUUGCCUCCAGAUAAGCUAAUGUUGAUUCUUUUGGAGGUUGCAAAUGGUUGGAAAGUUGAACUAAUUCCAUGGGUGGGAAGUAUGUGUAGAUAUCUAUUUUCUUUGAGUUGGUUUGAUUCAUGGAGUUUGAUAUUCGUUGGGUGGUUGAAGUUGCUGCCACAGGAUCAGCAAAUUAGACAACCCCGGCGCAUUGGCAUUGUAUUUGAGGCUGUUGGCUUUGUUCCCAUUACUGGGAAGUUUUGUAUACACGACCAUUACUUGUAUCAUGUAUUCAUAUCUAUAAUUGACCCGAUUUCUUAGUCUCUUUCUGAUCGUUA